CAUGACAGAGAGACGUUUCAUUUGGAUAGUUUGUAUACUAGUGGUGUGCCGUCGUUUAACAGCGGUUAAUGAAUUAAAUAGAGAAUACAACAGCAAGUGACAAAUUAAGUAGAAAAAUACGUUGUCCAAUCUUUAUUAUCUAUGCUAGCAAGAUACAACGAACAAAUCUGCGGAACAAAUGAACGAAUUGAAUAAAAGGGUGACCGAAUGAAAAAUAGAAUAAAAGAGUGAAUGAAUGAAGAAGCCGGUAAAACACUAGAUAAGUCAAGGUCUUGAUAUAUAGUUACAGUCAGUGUGUGUCGUCUGUGGUAGUGAUGGUUGUGUAAACUACAAGGUACACAGAGCAGCUGUGUUUUGUUUACUACUUGCCGGUACUUUACUCAGUGUGUCCGUCAAAUCAUUAUCAACAAUUACAUUGAAACCAGCUCACAAGCAAAUAUAAUAUUCCUGAUUUCAAAGCCAUUGAUUACACGAUGGCCACGUACGUACCAGUCACGUUGGUGGGAGACACUCUAGGCCAACGGCACCGACACCUCAACUCGUUGGUGCGCGCGGCUAGAGAGAGUGGAACCACGGUCCAAGAUGUGGAGGCAGUACCCGAGCAGGCUCCAGCCGACCGACUGUUCAAGGUAGACCUCGCCGUCUCACUCGGAGACGCAGACUACAUCCUGCGGAACCUGAAACACGACGACAUGCUGUUUGUGAGCAGAGCGCUGAAGGCCCGGUGGCUGCUCGACCGCCAUGACGUCAUCAACCCUCAAUAUUUGGAAGACACCCUCUUCCCUGAAAUGGUUUCCCCGGCAGUCUCCAAGAUGAGGCACUGGCUGUACAUCAACCUGCGGGAACCCACCAAGUGCCAGGAGUUCUAUGAGUACUACAAACAGAACUCGUUCGAGUUCGCCAUAAAGUUCCUCAGCCGCUGCAGCAAUCGCUUCAUACUGGAAGAAGUCCCCAAGAUAUUGGCCAAACUGUCGCCUCACUAUUUAAAAGUUUUGUGCGAGAAAUGCUCUACAGUCGCCAAAAUAUAUUUUGAUUCGUUGGCGACACAAGACGAUGUUAAGAAAUGCUAUCUCGAUCAAGAACAGGCCUACUACAAUAGUAUAAAAUGCGUGCUAAAAUCUAAUGCCGAUUUGUUUUUAGACAUCACGGAAAAGUAUUUCAUUUGCGAUAUGUUUAAGAGAUUCAGUCCACUGGCGACUGACUACAUCGUGCGGUGCCAUAAAUCUAGAGUCACAAACAAGUUGGAGCUGUACGUGGCCCACAUUUUGCACAUCCCCACACUGGCUGCGAGGCUCAGUGUCGACGAGUGCCAGGAAGUUGUGCUGCAGCUUGCGAGGGCCAGCUACUUGCAGCACUGGUUCCAGUACAAAGCAGUAGAACCGCUGAUUACACGUCUACAUCCUCAAAAGAGACCUGCUUUCAAGAAACGUGUCUUUGUUGACAAAGACGUCGGUGAAUUAGUGGAGAAAUGGCCAUACGAUGUACCUGGCUCUCCGAUUAGACCUGGCAUUAGUGGACCUCACAUUUUUGAUGAUCGGGAUUUCGUACCAGACAUUAUAGCAGAGCCUCGUUUUGCUUCGGGCGGGCAUACGCUUGCGUCGGGUGGCAUGUGUUUUGGGCUUGCAAGUGCCGUAAGAGAUAAUUAUGAACAAAAUCACGUUUUUGGGAAAAUAAGAACUGAUCUAGACCGGCUGUUCGAUGAGUUCCGCUUUAUUGGAUUCGAUCGCGCACUGCAUGAAUUGAGCCAACGGUUAAUUGCCACCGCUUCCCCAGACAGGCGACGUGACAUUUUUAUGGUUUUGGUUAGUAAAACCGGCGGUCGUACGGAUGCGGUGAAAACAUUUUUGCAGCUCGCCUUACGGCACAGUAACGAGCCCGUGCAUACCCGAGCCGCUGUAAUGCGCAGUCUUGUGAAGCGAGCCGCCGUGUGGCGCCUCCCUGCCGACGUUUGGCAACUACUGCUAGACUACGGACACGGGCUGGGGCUGGACGGAACGACGCCAGAAGCGGCGUGUCACGAAGGACUACAUGCUGUUGUAAUUCGCCAGCUGUUGGCUGGCCAGUGCGAACCAGCCAUUUGCGAUGCUUUUUUAAGAGAUUUUUCAACUUUGGCAGAAUAUUCUCUGAAGCCGGAUGAACAGGUGUGCGUUACCACUAAUCUUCAAAAUAUGUUGACAUCGACCGCUGUCGAUGUUGAGCCUGCAGUUGCCGCGCAGCGCCUGAGUCAGAUGUUGGAUGUGCUAAAGGCAUUCCACAUCCGUAUCGAGGCAUCCUCACCUGUCGUGAAAGCUGUGUUGGAUUUAGCUCUCCAGGACAAGGAUGUCGCGCGACCUUUGCUGGAGCGACUUUAUAACGCAAAGAUAGCGCGGCGCGAGCUGCUGCGCCUCAGUAUGACGUUCAGGCGAGAUCAAGCAGCGCUAUUGAAUGCGUUGCGCCAUGACCCACUCGCGCUUGAGGUGACACAAGUUGUUGAUAUCCUGUAUGUACGCAACACAAAAUUAGACAGUUUUACUGCAAAGCUAGCUGUGUACUUCGACCAAAAGCAAGAUUUCACAACUCAACUCAAGAAUGCAUUAAAAGGAAAGAUUUUACAGCCACCAGAAGAGGCACCAUCAGGAUCCACCGUAGUCGGGUUUCAACAACCAAUGAGAACUUUUCCACAACGCAAUAUUCGGCGUGAACCAACAAGCAAUGACGUGUCGAAUCGUUGUCAACCUACUAUAUUUCCUCAUCGACACCUGCCACAAUUCCCGCCACGACACUGGCCACAGUUCCCGCCUCGGUUUCCACCACGGCCACGUAUACCCAUCAUACGCGGUCUAAAAAUAAAAUUGAUUCGACCAUUAGCAAGUCUUAUCUGCCAGGAGUUGGAGUUGGAACAAGAACUAAAAGUGUUAGAUCAAGCGGGUGCCGACUUUGUCAAGUUGGCCGCGGAACUGAGAGCGUGUGGACAUCGCGCUCGGCCUAUCGUCAAUUUAGCAGAAUGGGGCUGGAGUAGGGCUGGCGUGAAAGCUGUGGCGACGCAAGCGAUGCGCUGUCGUGAAAUAGAAAGAGCUGAGUUUAUCCGCACAUUAGCGGCGGAGCGCCGCACGGUUCGGGUGGCCCUAGCACUCAGUUUGCGCUCCAAAGAAGGACCAGUGCUCGACACCUUCACUUCGUUUGCGAAGCUACGUCCCGCGGCAGCUCUGCGGGCUGGCUUGCAGUAUUUCCACCGACGAGGCGACACUGCUGAGCUAGGUGUUUGGGAUAUCAUUAAACCGUUGCUAUCCACGGUCGACCUAACACGUCGCGAACGACUCCGUCGUUUACUAGCCAAUACUCAUUGGAUUCCAUCUCCCAUUAAGGCUGAUUAUUGCAUUAAUGUUUACCUUGCCAUCAAUAAGAUCUCUAAGUCGGUUGGUCUAAACAUUCUUCAAGAGCUGUCCAGAAUUUUACCAGAAGCCGAUGAGUCAAUCGAUAAAGUAUUGUUAGACAUUUUGGACAGUAGUGAUGGCAAGACGCCGGCUGUUUUUAUACGAUAUUUGAUGCUCUCUGUAAAUGAUGAGGAUCUGGAAAAAAGACUACAGAUAGGAAACCGAUUUUUAGAACAUUUAAAUACUCUACGCCGCGAGGAACAUGGAGAAUUCCAUAGAAGAUUUAAUCAAGUCCUAAUGAGUUUGCUGUAUAACACCGCUUUCUUGGACACGAAGUACGCGUGCUGUUUGAAAGUUUUCGAAACGAUCUUGGAUUGGAUGAAUACAUUUAUGACGAAAGAAAGAAAUUUCAGAAUACAUACACAGUUUACCUUAUUCAUGUUAUAUUUUAAAGCAGUUAGACAAAGUAUAGAACAGAUGCCAGAAGUAUUUUCUGACCCGAAGAGGAGGAGGGCGGAGGGCGUGGAGGCUGUAGGGUUUGAGUUCGGGAGAUACAUAAUGAAGGAUGUCGUUGAACACGUCGCUACGUAUUUUGACUCUAUAAUAGAACUGUAUGCCAGAAUUUUAAAUGAUUUCUUUAACUACUUCGUGUGUUGCAAUUCUAGGUCGAGUUUUAUAAAUUCUACUUUAAAAGGUAUGUGGGAGGAAGGGGUCGGUCUCCAGCGCCGUAUGGUGGUGCACAUCUAUAGGAGCCGCGGUUAUUUUGAUUUCUAUGGUUCAAUGAAACAAGAAAUGGAGGAGUUAUUUACAAAGGAAAAGGCUAUAGAAUGCUUUGUUAAUGCUUAUUAUACUCUAUGAUUGUAUUAAAUGAAGAAAAUAUUGAAUAAACUAUGCUCAAGUUAUGUUAUGUUUGCCAUCUAAUCGCCGUACUCAGAGUCAUUUAAUGGUUACUUAACCCAGUCCUUAGCAAUUGUUUUCGAUACAAAAUCGUUGGUACGGAAUAGUUUAAGUAAUCAUUAAAUGUCUCUGAGUACGGCAGUAAAACUAUUUAUCUGUUUUUGUUAAUGUUGCGCUGUUUAUUGAUACAAGGCUUUAUAAAUACCUACUGCUAUUAAAUAUUGUUAUUAUUAUUAAAUAA